UCUCUUCACGCUCUCCGUCACAUCUCAUUAGCAAGAGGGUAGCGGGAGGGAGAGGGGACCGUCGUUACGGAAUUUGACAACGGGCGACUCGGCUUCGCUUCAAACAUGUUGUUGGGGAUCGUGGGUUUUGACCGUCGUAAAUCGCGACGUCCAAUUGUUGAUCGCUGACGUCCAUCGAUCGUCUGUGUCCGUUCGGAUCUGUGCAUCACUGUCCGACUGUCGUUGCGAGCUAAUUUUUGCGGCGUGUUGACAUUGUACCGAUCCUGUGUGGAGCACUUUAAUGGAGGUCCACCAUGAACCGAUUGAAAAGAACUAUCAGCUGCUUGAAGAGAUUGGCAAGGGUCAAUUUGCUAUUGUACGAAAAUGUCAAGAAAUAAAAACUGGAGCAUUGUACGCCGCAAAAAUUAUGCGAAAGAGGCGAGUUGCCAGAGGUGUGGCUGCUGCUGACAUUGCACGAGAAGCUGGUCUUUUGGCUCGAUUAAGACAUCCUAACAUUGUUUCAUUAUACAAAGUAAUAGACACAGGAACAACAGUGGUGUUGCUCCUGGAAUUGAUUACGGGAGGCGAAUUAUUUCAUUGGACUCCGUCCGGUGAAGCAGAAGCUGCUCAUGUGGUGCGCCAAGUUUUAAUGGCACUUAAUCAUUUACAUUCCCACCAAGUUGCUCAUCUGGAUAUUAAGCCUGAGAAUAUUCUACUGUCGUCACCACCACCGAUGCCUAGCAUUAAGCUGAUAGAUUUAGGUUUAUCGCAUCGACUGGUACCUGGUUCAGAACACAGAGCACUGUUUGGCACGCCUGAAUUUGUGGCGCCGGAAAUCGUAAAUUACGAACCACUUAGCUUGGGAACUGAUCUUUGGGCUGUUGGUGUAUUAACGUAUAUUCUUCUGAGCGGAGCUUCACCAUUUUUAGGCGAGGAUAAGCAAGAGACAUACGCAAACGUUGCUGCUUGCCAAUACCAAUUUGACAAUGAAUAUUUCAGUAAUGUGUCCGAGAUUGCCAAAGACUUUAUACGAUCCUUGUUGAUCAAGGAUCCAAAGGAGAGAGGAAAUGCUGAAUCGUGCCUUAAACAUCCCUGGAUUCUCACGGAAUCUGAAGCUCCUCAAGGUCUCGGUGGAGCAAUGAUCAGUGCUGUGAAGCGUGGCUGUGUUGAGGCUGUCUCUCAGUUACUGUUACAGGGUGCUCCAUUAAAUAUGAAAGACUCUAAAGAAGACACUCUUUUGCAUAUCGCCUGUGAGAUUGGCGACGAGGGAAUGACGAUUUUGCUGAUAGAGAGCGGAAUUGAUCUAGACACACCGAACAAACAAGGUCUCACGGCGUUACAUGUAGCUGCUCGUCACGGACAUAUUAAUCUUGUCAGACAUUUGUGCCUUGCUGGUUGCGACGUUGAUAAAACAAAUCGAGGGAUCCGAGCGGACGUCACGGCGAUUAAAUAUGGACAUCCGGAGAUCGCAAAUUUAUUAGAUAAAUUGAGAAAUUUGAAUCAGCGCGAAAAUUACAUUCGUCAGCUGCAACCGACACACAGACCGAUAGACCGGCUGCAUAUAAGACUGCUCGGGCAUUGCGCCUCUGGAAAAACAUCAUUAAUCAAUUCUUUAAAAUCUGGACUAUUUAGUUUUGGCUUCUUUCGAAGGUCGAGAAGCCAGAAUUGUAGCGCUAAGAGAGAACCAAGUAUCGAACUCGACGUGACGAGUAAACACGGGUCUCUCAGUUUUGAGUACAGCGAUAGUGAGUAUGAAGGUACUCAGGGAGUAGAGUGGAGUCGCGGUAAUGUAGGUGGCGAAUGCGUCUUUUGGGAGUUAUGUGGACGCGAAGAGUUUCUGGCGUCUUAUCAUUACGUACUUACAUUCCAGCAACCAGCAGUGCAUCUUAUUACAGUCAGUUUGAGAGAACCGCUGACCGUUCAACUUCAGCAGAUAAAAUUCUGGCUGCAAUUUAUUUUGGAUCGUAUUAAUCCGACUAAUGUUGGAUUUGGUGGCAAAUGCAACGACGUAAAAGUAAUCUUAGUCGGUACUUACGCACCAGAACCUUUAGCUCCGAAUUCUAACGGCGGCAAUCUACUCGCACCACUCUUGCCAUUUCUGAAAGACUUUACAUCAAUUUUAGGAGAAGAACCUCAAAUGGUAGCAUUAGACGCAACUAAUCCUUCUAGUCCUGGCCUGAAACUCCUCAGAUCUUAUUUAAAUAAUGCAAGGAUGGAAUUUCUCGAGGAUGGACCGGAAGUUGCAGAAAGUAUUCUCCGACGUGACGCGCCGCGUGCUGCGGCUACAUACGUGCCCCUGGCGAAUCUUGAUAAACAGAGCGCCUUAGUGUGGACUGGUCUCGCCGAAGCAUGGAGGUCGUACAUGCAGUCGUUAGAAGUGCCUCCGUUAAUGCUUACUCAGGAAGAAUUUCUGAACGAGGUUCGAAAGAUCAAUCCUUUAGUAUGUUUGGAACAUUGCAGACAUCUCGGAUUACAGUUACAGAACUUGGGGGAAUGCAUUCUUUUACCUGGAAACCUGAUAGUGCUUAGUCCCGAAUGGUUUUGGCAAGAUGUGCUAAAUUGGCAAUUAAGCCCCAAUCAAAGAGGACGAUUGGGCGGUCGAACCACCGGUGUUUACACCUUAGAAGAUUUUCAAGCACGAUGUCCGUGCCCUGCCGCUCAAGCUCUGCAAGCUUUACAAGCAGUCAAUUUAUGCGUUCCGUGCGAAGUGGAUGACGACGAAGUGGAGUACGAGAUACCGUGUUUAAACCUUGUAGAGCGUCUACCGGGUUUAUGGGAACCGUGGAAACCAUGUUCCAACGCGUUACCUCACACUGGUUUACGUCUUUGUCCAGAAGAAGCGCCUUUAUACCAUUUAACUGCUAUAUUUACGCACUUACAGGCGCAACUGAGAAAAAUUACUCAAACGUGGGAUCCAUCGAAUUCGGAUCUGUAUCAGUGGUGGCGAGGAUCAAAACUAUGUUUGGGACCUUGUGAAAGUAUAAUCACUUUCGAGGAAGAGGAACACAGCUGCGUGGAAAUUCAAGUUCGCGGUCCGCGUGGUUCCAGUGCGCAGUGUUUUGCUCUUCUUAGCGUGAUUCUGGAUGCGAUGGAUACAACCAUCGAAUUAGUCGCCCCUGGAAUGUUACUCGAGAGGCAUUGGUUGAGUCCUAGCCAGCUUCGAGAAUACGAUGAAAUAGUUCACUCUUGGGCGCCAGCCACUGUUAUAUCAGCUUUAAUUGACAAAGGUCUCGAAGAGGCAACUCUUAAAAAUCCUCUAAACGACCGACAAGAAACCGUGUGGGAGAUAGUAAGUUGCGGUCUGCCAUUGAUGGAGAAUUGCGUUCCCGGACCGAAGCAACCUGUAAAAUACAUUAAGCCUGCUGUGCAGCGGCGACUAGCGCAGAUGCUGGAUCCACCUGAUCAUCACGGAAGAGAUUGGUGCUUACUCGCUGUAAGGCUCGGUUUGGGGGAUCGCGUCGCCCAACUAGAUAGUACAGUGGACAGUCCAACUUUGAGGCUACUGAACUGCGCGGGUGCGGAAUGCACCGUAGGUUUGCUGGUGCAACAAUUGCGAGCACUCGAUCGCGAGGACGCCGUGCACCUGUUGCUCACGUAUACGCCAACCUACGUGCUAUUGAUGUCCAUCGACUCCGAGACAGGGUCUAAUCUUUCCAGAUGACGAUGUUGCUCUCAUCAAUGGCGCAUCAGCACCUUCUAGGUGUUCUUUUUCUCGAAACACCGCACGUUUGAUGAAUAGCAUUGUCUUUCUAUUUCCGCCCAGUGUACAUUGUACGUUAAUUUGUUAAGUACGUGUAUGUUCUUAUAUGUAACUUAACUUUAAUGAUUGAUCGCAUUGCGCUUCGAACUGAAUGAUAUGAGGGAGAUCCGUGACGUUUUUUGUACUUUGUUUUAUAUUCUUUCUUUUUCUUUAUUAUUAUUUUUUAUUUUGUACUUACUAGCCGAUGAAGUACUUGUUAACUCACAUUACUAUAUUGAUUUGUGGUAUGAUUAUCGUAAAUGGAAAUCGAUUUCUUCUCACAUCUUUUAAUUUGUAUUAAUUAUUUAGACAGAAAGUGGUAUUACUUAAUACUUUUUAUUUUUUGAUAGAAUUGUGCUGUGGUUAAUAUUACAUUAAUAAGCGUUGUGUUAUUGUGCAGUUUGCAUUUUUCUUGUUAUAUGAAGCUGUUAAUUCCAAGGAAAUGAUGCAUUUACAUAUUGUAAUAUGCGAUAUGAUCAUAUUUGAUACUGAUAUUGUUUUGAGCGCUUUUCUUGAUACGCCAAUAUGAUCUUGAUAUAUACAAAUACAUGUAUAUGUGUAUAUAUAUAUAUAUAUAUAUAUAUAUAUAUAU